AUGGCAAUCCUCAUAGGCUUCUCCCUAACAGUGCCUGCUGCUGCGCAAAGUCUCAAACUGGCAAUCAACUUGUUGAACAAUUUAGAUGCAACUGACCCUCAUAAAGCUGAUAUUGACUCUUCUUUCCACAAAUACGCCUUGUUUAGCUCCGCCAUUGGAUCAGUAAAAGCUGAUAUUGACUCUUCCUUCCACAAAUACGCCUUGUUUAGCUCCGCCAUUGGAUCAGUAAUGGGAUGUGUGUUCUUGAUGCUUUCGAUUGUGGAUUUCGUUCAGGUGAACCUGGGCAUACUUUCUUGUGGAGAUGAACCUGUCUAUGCCAUCGUAACACUGGUUGUUUUAGUAGGUUCUGCCUUAUUGGUUUGUAUUAAUGCUUGCACAGGGCUGUGCCAGAAAAUGAUGUUAGGAUGGGUUGAAACUUAA